AUGAGGAAUGCCUCGGUGGUGACCGCGUUUAUUCUGCUGGGCAUCCCGCACACACACGGCCUGGAGGCCACGCUCUUUGUCCUGUUUCUGUCCUUCUACGUCCUCACGCUUAUAGGCAACCUGCUCAUCCUACUGGCGAUUGUCUCCUCCUCUCGGCUUCACACCCCCAUGUACUUCUUCCUGUGUAAACUCUCUGUGUGUGACAUAUUUUUUCCUUCCGUGAGUUCCCCCAAGAUGCUCUUCUACCUCUCAGGGAACAGCCGAGCCGUCUCCUAUGCAGGCUGCGUGUCCCAGCUCUUCUUCUACCAUUUCCUGGGCUGCACAGAGUGCUUCCUGUACACGGUGAUGGCUUACGACCGCUUUGUGGCUGUAUGUCACCCUCUGCGCUACACGAUUAUCAUGAGUCACAGAGCGUGUGCCAUCCUGGCCAUGGGGACCUCACUUUUUGGCUGCGUUCAGGCCACCUUUCUAACUACUCUCACCUUCCAGCUGCCCUACUGCGGCCCCAACGAGGUGGACUAUUACUUCUGUGACAUCCCAGUGAUGCUGAAGCUGGCUUGUGCAGACACCUCGGCCCUGGAGAUGGUGGGGCUCAUCAGUGUGGGCCUCAUGCCCCUCACCUGCUUCCUCCUCAUCCUCACCUCCUACUGUCGCAUCGUCUACUCCAUCCUGCAGAUCCGCUCUGCAGAGGGCCGGCGACGCGCCUUCUCCACCUGCAGUGCCCACCUGGCCGCCAUCCUGCUGUUCUACAUGCCGGUGGUCCUCAUCUACCUCAGGCCCACCCCCAGCCCCUGGGUGGAUGCAACUGUCCAGGUCCUGAAUAACCUGAUCACCCCCAUGCUGAACCCCCUGAUCUACAGCCUCCGGAAUAAGGAGGUGAAAUCAUUGCUGAGGAGAGUUCUGCGCCCGCUGGGCUUCCUUCCUGAGCAGCUGUGGAGGUCGGCAGGCGACACCUGA